AGGAUUAUUUUAGAUUCAAGAACUAUUCAAAUUUAAUGUGUAAUUAAGCAGGACACAUAAAAAAUAAUGGAGUAUUUUUUUUAGCUACAAAAAUCAGAAAAUGGCUUUAUAAUCUGAUUGAAAACCAUUUUCUUCGUCCAUACCCUACCAAAACGAAUAUCUUGAACGAAUGGCUACAUAAAGUUAGAGUGUUAUUCAAGGAAAAUUAGCCACCAUUGUCCUAAUCUCAAGUUCUGUUCACAUAUUACAUUACCUAAAAUAAUACUCCAAAUAAGUUCAUUUAUUAUGUUUUUUGCUUCCUUGAUUAUCCAUUUCUCGAUGUCUUCCUUAUCGAAGCAAAGAACAAAGGAGUUCCUUCAAACCAAAUAUCCUAAAUCACUAUAAUAUGUUAGGAUAUAGUUUGUUCUUUAAUUUCUUCUAUUGUCUUUCUAUUUCUCAUUCCACUCUCUUAUUCAAGAUUUCAUGGAAGAUCUUAACACAUAUGUGGCUGAUUGCGUCGUUGUAUCGUGUUGUUGCAAUUGUCUUGUACUCCAAAUCGUGAUCUUCAUCUUCCUUGGACUUCCUCAAAAGCUGGUCAAGAACACGAGAAAGUGCUACACAAAAUGGGGAAUAAACCGAAGAAAAAGAAUGGGGCUUGGUUGCGAAUGUCAAGAAAACAUAGGGGUUGAUCCAGAAUGGAGAAAAGAGAUUAUGAGUAUAGAGAUGGAAGGUUUUGGGUGUAUAGAAGAAGUUGAAAAAGCUUUGGAGGAGUUUUCAAAGAAUGGUGAGUUUAUGUUUGGGAGCUUCUGGGGACAAGAACGGGUUCUAAAUUCUUCGUCAAUGUCAAGUUGUGUUAAUGACAACAUUGACUUAAGAUUUGAAUUAAGAAAUGAAAAGGCUUCCUUCGAAAAAGAAUCAAUUCAGGACAGAACUACAAAUGUGUGAAAACAAAGAGGCAUGUACUCUUACGGGUAAGAAAACCAGCAUAUGCAUUAUUACAAUGACUACCCAAAGAAGUAACAGAAAUGAAAACAAAACUUUAGAUAAGAGAACUCUUUUAGCAAAAAAAAAAAAACUUUAGAUAAGUGAACUCUUCCAACAACGACAAUAACAGCGGCCAUUCUCUCUGGUCGUCCACAACAGUCUCACAAGUUGCAAAGUCUAUCUCAAAAGUCACUGUUCUACACUCUUUCUCAAGCAAACACUCUAUGAACCACAACCGCGCUUCCACAUCCACAGUGUAAGGCAGUAAGAAGGACAUGCUCUUUACUAUACUUUCUACGUCCAAAAAUUGGGUUCCAAUUCCAUCAUCAUAUAAAUCUUUAGGCGCAUCCGCUUACUGAUCAUUGUCAUGCUAUGAUCCAUCAAAUUGGCAUACAAAAAACCUCCUAUCAUGGUGUUUUUAUUUUUUUAAAUAUUAGGAAGUUUUAGGCU